AUGGAACCAAGGAACCACACAUGGGUUGUGGAAUUCUUUCUCUUGGGUCUUUCAGAAGAACCAGGAUUGCAGCCUCUCAUCUUCCUGCUAUUCCUCUCCAUGUACCUGGUCACUGUCAGUGGGAACCUACUCAUUGUCCUAGCCAUCCACACAGACCCCCACCUCCACGUGCCCAUGUACUUCUUCCUUGCCAACCUGUCCAUGGUGGACAUCUGCUUCACCUCCACCACCGUCCCCAAGAUGCUGGUGAACAUCCAAACACAGAGCAAAGCCAUCAGCUAUGCAGGCUGCCUCACACAGAUGUUCUUCUUUCUCCAAUUUGGAGGUCUGGAUAAUUUUCUCCUGACCAUGAUGGCCUAUGACCGGUUUGUGGCCAUCUGUCACCCUCUGCACUAUACAGUCAUCAUGAACCCCCAGCUCUGUAUGCAGCUGGUUCUCGUGUGCUGGGUCAUCAGUGUCCUGGCUGCAUUGUUAAACAGCUUACUGGUGCUGAGGCUGAGCUUCAGCACACACGUGGAAAUCCCUCACUUUUUCUGUGAGUUGAAUCAGGUGGUCCACAGAGCCUGUUCUGACACCUUUCUCAAUGACCUCAUGAUAUAUAUUGCAGCUGUGUUGCUGGGAGGAGGUCCUCUGGCUGGGAUCCUGUACUCUUACUCAAAGAUUGCCUCCUCCAUCCUUGCCAUCUCAUCAGCUCAGGGGAAGUAUAAAGCCUUUUCCACCUGUGCCUCUCACCUCUCUGUUGUUUCCUUGUUUUAUGGAACAGCACUAGGUGUGUACCUCAGUUCAGCUGUUACACAAAACUCACGCUCAAUUGCAACAGCCUCGGUGAUGUACACCGUGGUAACCCCCAUGUUGAACCCCUUCAUCUACAGUCUCAGGAAUAAUGAUAUCCAGAAGGCUGUGAAAACACAUCUGAGAGAAAUCUUCCGAUGGCCAUUUUUAAGUCAUAGCCACAAAUCAGACCUUUAA